AUGACAGAUGGUAGUGCUUUUGAAUUUAGUAUGUCUAUUGCCAAUGAGAGUGAGAUGGUCUUAACAAGCGAUGGUGCGGCGUCUCUAUUUCUUUUGUUAUCCCGAGCUAUAGAAAUGUCUGAAAAAUGUACAGGAACGACUGAGUCUGUUUUGCUUUCAGGAACUUGUUUUCCGACUCCUAAACAGGGGCUCACUCAAGGGCCUCACAUGAAGCAAUUGCAUGAACAACAUCUCAUAAUAGUGUGUGGGUUUCAUCUGAGAGAGGUAGCUAUUCACAACGUCCAUCUUACACCAUCCGCUUCAUCCAACCAGAUUGAGUCCGAUGAGUUCCAUUUUUCAGAUGGAUUGCAUUCCUGGGAUAGGACCCCUGUCCAAGUCCAAAUUUCAGAACCCACUUUCCAGAAAUGGCUUCAAGACAUUCCCUGUGCUGGAGAUGAUUUGGAGAGUAGUAUCAUUGGCGAGGGUGAUGAUGGAACCGGACUUUCCUGUGCAAAGUUCCAGACUUUGUUGAUCUUCUCUGGCAGUGAUUACUUGGGCUUGAGUACACACCCGACAGUUAUCAAGGCUGCUGCAAAGGCAGCUCAGGAGCAUAGAAUGGGACCAAUGGGUUCUGCUUUAAUAUGUGGAUACACUAAUUACCACAGAUCGCUGGAGGCUUCCUUGGUAGACCUAAAGAAAAAGGAGGAUUGCCUUCUUUGUCCUAUAGGCUUUUCAGCCAACAUGACAUUCAUGACAGCAUUGGGAAGUGUUGGUCUACUCUUAGCUGCAGGGGAAAAACCAGCUCAGGAUGAUAGGGUUGCCAUAUUCUCAGACUCUCUUAAUCAUGCAUCAAUAAUUGAUGGUAUCCGACUAGCUGAGAAGCAAGCAAAGGCUGUGACAUAUGUCUAUAGACAUUGUGACAUGUUGCACCUUGAUGCAUUACUAACAAGUAGCAGAAUGAAGAAGAAAGUAAUUGUUACCGAUAGCUUGUUUAGCAUGGAUGGCGACUUUGCCCCUAUUGUUGAGCUUGUGCAGCUACGCAAGAAGCAUGGGUUUUUGUUGGCAAUUGAUGAUGCCCAUGCCACGUUGGUUUGUGGGAGAACUGGUGGUGGUGCAGCUGAGAAGUUCAAUUGCGAGAAAGAAAUUGAUAUAUGCAUUGGCACCCUGCGUAAGGCAUUUGGUUGCCACGGUGGAUUUAUAGCAUGCAGCAAGAAAUGGAAGCAGUUGAUUCAGUCGAGAGGUCGCUCUUUUAUAUUUUCAACUUCUACUCCAGUGCCAAUUGUUGCUGCUGCCAAUGCUGCUAUUGUUGUUUCAAGUAAAGAGACAUGGCGUAGAAAGGCCCUUUGGAACCGUGUACUAGAGUUCCGAGCCUUGACAGGAAUUCCGAUAACAAGUCCCAUUGUUUCCCUCAUUGUCGGGAGUGAAGCGAAUGCUCUAGAAGCUAGCAGGUCACCCUUGCUCCACCUACUCCUCCCUCUCUUUACAUAUGAUUAUUCAUCAAGUGAAUUUUAG